CCGGGUGCUGCCGAGCCGAGGCGCCGGGCGGGCAGCGGGCGGGCGGCCGCGCCAUGAGCACCGAGUGCAGCAGUUACCUCAACGCCGACAAGGUGCUGGUGAGCGGGUUCAGCUGCCCGCGGGCGGGCGGCGACGCCCGAGCCGUGUUCUGCUGCGGCUUCCAGGACGUCAAGUACUGCUGCGAUGACCCCCACAGCUUCUUCCCCUACGAGCACAGCUACAUGUGGUGGCUCAGUGUUGGAGCACUCGUGGGCCUGUCAAUAGCAGCAGUGGUCCUCUUUGCUUUCAUCAUCACUGUGUGUGUUCUCUGUUAUUUGUUUAUCAGCACCAAACCACGCAGCAAACUGGAUACUGGCUUGAGCUUACAGACAGCAGACAGUGAGGCCAGAGGGAGUUCGAUAUGUUAGAGACAGAGGCACUGAAUGGAUUCUACCAACAUUAUGAAGAACAGAGAUACAGAGCUGCUUCCCUCACAAAGCCCCCAGCAAAACAAGCUGUUGACAGAGCCAAGUGACUUCAAGAGAUUUCCUAAGCCACAAGGAUGGACUGUGACUGUAAGCCACGAGAGCCUGACUCACUCUUCCAGAGUUGUUUCCUGGCUCUUACAACCACUGUCGAUAACCAGAGGCCAAUCUGAAGCUGUGCCAGGAUGUGUUUGUGUAUGGUUGCUAUAUUGAGAAAUUGUGUGUUUUGAUUUGCACAUAUUGGCUACUGCUGUCAGUCAUUUUCAUGCAAGUUCUUGUCUCUACCCUGUGCAAUUCCAGUGAGAUAACACAGUUGUCAAGCAGAGCAGAAUUUGGCACACCAUGUUGACCAAGCUGUAUUUUAAGCUUUCCCUGUGUGCCAUCUCAGUGUGGUGUCUUCAUGUCAUGAACAUGGUUGUCUUUGGCCAAAUGUGACUGUUCAGUGCACAAACCAAUGUGAAUGUAGUACCUCAAUAAAAUCUGGCAUUUGUGUUGUA